AUGCCGCAGACCCUGCAGGCCUCUGCUGGUGCAUUGCAGAAUCUUGCUGCAUGCCAGUUCGACCCGUCGGUCAAUGUUCGGGCCUGUGUGCGCACGGAAAAGGGCCUACCGGUGCUUGUCGAGUUGCUUCGAUUGCAUGAUGAUAAAGUUGUUUGUGCUGUUACAACAGCACUGCGAAAUCUCUCUCUCGAUCAGCGAAAUCGCGAACUGAUUGGCAAAUAUGCAAUGAAGGAUUUGGUUGCAAAAUUACCUCAAGCAGGUCAGGGGUGUCGCGAUCCCAGCGUAAGCGAUGCAACUGUUGGAGCAGUCCUGGGCAUACUUUUCGAAACCGUCAGACAUUCCGCAGAUUUCACAAGGAACAUUCAUGAGUGUGGCGGAACUGAACGGCUGCGAAGUUUGGCUAGUUCUUAUCCUGUUUAUAGCGGUCGUAUCUGCAAAUACGCAUCGCAGGUUCUGUGGAUUUUGGUUUGA